AUGAUAUACCCUGGUGAUACAGCAGUGCAGGGAACUGAAGCCCAGCAGGGGCAGAGUAAUAUGGGUCGGCACGAGAGUCAGAGUGGUGCUACUUCUUCUGCAGCAGGAUCAUCCAGUAGCAGGGCACCGUCAUCUUCUAGAGGUAGGGGUGGCAGGAAUUCAAGGGGGGAAGUCUUAUAUCCAGAUCGGGUGUAUAGAGAAUGUUAUGUCCAAGUAGGCGAUGCAUGGUUGGAAGCCAAUUUGAUUCCGUUAGAAUUGGUGGAUUUGGAAAUUAUUUUGGGGAUGGAUUGGCUGGAGAAGCAUCGUGCAUCAGUGGAUUGUUUUUGGAAGGAAGUAACACUUCGGAGUCCAGGACAACCCAAAGUCAUCUUCCGGGGAGAACAUAGAGUCCUCCCUACCUGUCUUAUCUCUGCUAUUACAGCUAAGAAGUUACUCAAGAAAGGGUGUGAAGGAUAUUUGGCUCAUAUCAUCGACACUCGAGAGAUCACCCUGAAUCUGGAAGAUAUCCCCGUCGUUAGCGAGUUCCCAGAUGUCUUUCCAGAUGACCUCCUGAAAGGGAAAUUGAUACGUAACCGGUAUCCUUUGCCUCAGAUUGAUGAUUUGUUCGAUCAGUUGAAGGAUGCCAAGUACUUCUCUAAGAUUGAUCUGAGAUCAGGGUACCAUCAGUUGAGGAUUAGAGAAGAGGAUGUUCCCAAGACCGCAUUAAGACAUUAUGAAUUUCUUGUGAUGCCUUUUGGACUGAGAAAUGCUCCAGCAGCGUUUAUGGAUCUCAUGAACAGAGUGUUCCGACCAUACUUGGAUCACUUUGUGAUUGUGUUCAUAGACGAUAUCUUGGUUUCCUCCAAGACUUUGGAAGGGCAUAAGAAUCAUCUAAGGUUGGUAUCGAGGACUUUGAGGAGGAAGCAGCUUUAUGCCAAAUUCAGCAAGUGGUUAGCAGACUACUAUCGUCGAUUUGUUGAAGGGUUCUCUUCGAUAGCAGUGCCUCUCACGCGGUUGACAAGGAAAGAUGUUACAUUUGAGUGGACGGAGGAGUGCGAACAGGGUUUUCAGGAGCUGAAGAAGCGUGAUGCAUCUUUGCAAGGUUUGGGAUGUGUUCUGAUGCAACAUGAUCAGGUGAUUGCUUAUGCCUCGAGGCAACUCAAGAAGCAUGAGCAGAAUUAUCCGGUCCAUGAUUUGGAACUUGCUGCAGUGGUGUUUGCUUUAAAGAUUUGGCGGCAUUACUUGUAUGGUGAGACGUGUCAGAUUUUCACUGAUCAUAAUAGCCUCAAGUACUUGUUCACUCAGAGGGAACUGAAUAUGAGACAUCCAACGCCGCUGUCUACUCCUACUCCUGUGAUGUGCCUUAUAUGA